GAUUUGGUAUUCGAUAUUUGCUAAUAGAACAAAAAGUCGGCAAAGAGAAAAAAGCAUUUUAAUCAAUUUCGCAAAUUACGCUUGCAAAUCAACCGCUGCAAGAUGCCUGUGCUGCCGAUGCCGCCGCUAAUGCAGAAUGCUGUCGAGCCAAUGCAAGUGGAUGCGCCGCCCAACGAGGACAACGAGAACAACGAAGAGCAGCAAAUUGUUGUGGAGAAUCCCACAAUCGACUUGGAGGUGUACGCCAAUCAAUACACGGGCAUUGCACGACUUGAUCGACUGAUUUAUGUGGCGGACGUUUGUCCCCUGUUGGCACUCGAGUCCCUCAAAAUGGCCAUCACCUAUGUGCAGUCCACGUAUAACGUGAAAGUCUAUCAGAUGCUGCACAAGCGCCUCAGUGAUCUCCAAGCGGUCAAUGGUGCUGGCGCAACUGCAGCUGCCGCUGGAGCUGAACAGGCAGUUGCCAAUGCUGCUGCAGCUGCCGCUGCAGUUGCUGCGCUGCCCGAUAUCGCUGCACAACCAGCAGCAGCAGCUCAGGCUCAGGCCAAUGCUGGAGCAGCUGCAGCUGGAGCAGGAUCAGGUGCCGAAAAAGAUGCAUUUGCCUAUGAUGCUGUCUGGGUGGAUGCGAAAAUGAAGAAGGCGGCUUUAAAGCUGGAGAAACUGGACUCAGAUCUGAAGAACUACAAAUCGAAUUCGAUUAAGGAAAGCAUUCGACGUGGCCACGACGAUCUGGCUGAUCAUUAUCUCAGCUGUGGCGAUCUGACCAAUGCCUUGAAAUGUUAUUCACGUGCACGAGAUUAUUGCACUAGUGGCAAGCAUGUAGUCAAUAUGUGUCUCAAUGUCAUCAAAGUCUCGAUUUACUUGAAGAACUGGGCGCAUGUCAUGAGCUACAUAUCGAAGGCGGAGAGCACACCGGAUUUCUCGGAAGGCACCAAGGAGGCUAAUGCCCAGGUGCAUACACGGCUCGAGUGCGCCGCCGGCUUGGCCGAGCUGCAGCAAAAGAAAUAUAAAGUGGCCGCAAAGCAUUUUUUGGCUGCCAAUUUUGAUCAUUGUGAUUUUCCCGAAAUGAUCUCCCCCAGCAAUGUGGCCGUCUAUGGCGGCCUCUGUGCCCUGGCCACAUUCGAUCGUCCGGAGCUGAAGCGUCUGGUCAUCGCAUCCACAUCGUUCAAAUUGUUCCUGGAACUGGAGCCGCAACUGCGCGACAUUAUCUUCAAGUUCUAUGAGAGCAAUUAUGCCAGCUGUUUGACGCUGCUCGACGAGAUCCGUGACAAUCUGCUGGUGGACAUGUAUAUAGCGCCACAUGUCAACACACUCUACACGAAGAUACGCAAUCGUGCACUGAUCCAAUACUUUAGCCCGUAUAUGUCCGCCGAUAUGCACAAAAUGGCCACCGCCUUCAAUUCAACGAUUGGGGAUCUGGAGAACGAGGUGAUGCAGUUGAUAUUGGAUGGUCAGAUACAGGCGCGCAUCGAUUCACACAAUCGGAUACUGUACGCCAAGGAGGCGGAUCAGCGGAACAGCACUUUCGAGCGUGCCCUGCUCAUGGGCAAACAAUAUCAGCGGCACACACGCAUGCUCAUCCUGCGCGCCGCCAUGCUCAAGAGUCACAUCCAUGUGAAGAGCAUCUCACGCGACGGUGGCAGCAGCAAUCACGGCGCCGAGCUCUGUGUCUCGGCCGGCUCCAGCACAACUGCCGCACAACUUGCUCGCAUUUAGAGGAGAAAUAGCAGGCAUCAAAAAAUAAAUAUAUAUUGAGAGAGACCAUUAAUAAAUUCGACGAUAACCAAGCUGCAAGUUCAUCUUUCAUUUUCUCUUUCUGUGUGCUGCUAAAUAAAGUCUAAUAGCAAAGCUAAUUAAUUAA